AUGGAUAAGAGUGAAGUUGAUUGGAAACCUAAGUAUGGAAUGGAGUUCGAUUAUGAAGAAAAGGCUUUUGAAUUUUAUAACGAGUACGGGCGUAGAGUUGGAUUCAGCGUGAGAAAAGAUCAUGCCAACAAAAGUCCUGUCAUAGGAGAAGUUACGUCGCGAUUGUAUGUUUGUUGUAAGGAAGGUUUUCGAAGGAAAGACAAACGAGACUAUUUGACAAAGAAUCCUAGAGCCGAGACUAGGAUGGGUUAUGGUGCUUUGAUGAACAUUAAACUAAACAGAAGUAAGGGAAAAUUUUGGGUUAAUAAAUUUGUGGAACAACAUAAUCAUUCAUUGGGUAUGGAAGCAUGUGCUCAUAUGAUGCCAUCACAACGCAAACUUUCUACAACUCAAACAAUUGAAGUGGACUUGGCAAAUGAGUCUGGUAUUCCUUUGCAAUCUACAUAUGAGUUAUUGGGAAGGCAUGCUGGUGGAAGGGAAUGUCUUGGGUACACUAAACGAGAUCAAAAGAACUAUAUACGAUCUAAACGACAACGAGAUUUGGCAUAUGGAGAAGCAGGAAGCUUGUUAAAGUACUUCCAGAAACAAUGUUUAGAACAUCCCUCAUUCUUUUAUGCGGUGCAAUUAAAUAAAGAUGAGCAAAUAACGAAUAUAUUUUGGGCGGAUGGGAUAAUGAUUAUUGAUUAUGCACUAAUGCAUGAUGAGACCAUUGACUCGUUUAUUUGGUUGUUCGAAACAUUCUUGGAGGCAAUGUCUAACAAGAAGCCGAAAACUAUUUUUAUAGAUCAAGAUGCAGCAAUGGCAAAGGCUUUAACAUUUGUGAUGCCAGAAACAUGCCAUCAACUUUGUACAUGGCAUAUCAUGCAAAAUGCUGUGAAGGAUUUAAGUAUCCUUUUUAAAACUUCAAAUGGAAUUAAAGCUGUGUUGACAAAGUUAAUGGAUGACUACGAGAAAGAAAAUGAGUUUACUAAUACAUGGGACAACAUGCUAUCCAAGUAUAAUGUCUGUGAGAAUACUUGGUUGCAUAAAUUGUUUGAAUUAAUAACUAAAUGGGCAAAGGCAUACCUGAAAAGGGAAUGGUCUGCGGGCAUGAGGAGCAUACAACUAAGUGAAAGCCUAAAUGCUAGUAUAAAGGACUACUUAAAAUCUGACCAUGAUUUGCCAGAAGUUUUUAAGCAUUUUGAGAGAAUACUUCAUGAUAAGCGUUACAAAGAGUUAGAAGCUGAGUAUGGGUUAUGUUACAAAUUGCCUAAAAUAAAGAUGCACUUGAAGAUGCUAGUGCAUGCUAGUACUAUAUGCACUAAUGCCAUAUUUGAGGAGUUUCAGAGGCAAUAUGAAAUUUCAAUGGAGGCUGAUAUAAAGGGUUGCAAGGAGGAUGGUGAAAUUUAUAUGUAUACAGUUGACAAUAACCAAGGUAGAGAGUGUCAAGGUGCUGAGAUACCUACUAAAUCAACAUCUUUGAAUGAAAAUACUAGCAACUCAUCAGUUAUGUGCUAUAAGUUUAAUGAUUGGGAGUUACCUAAUGCUUAUGCAUCGAUGAAUGUUAAAUAUUCACAACCACAAAUAUUAAAUCAAUACUCCCAAGCUUCAAACAGUAAUCAAUACUCCCAAGCUUCAAACAGUCUACUGUGUCCUCAGAUGAAUCAUACAGGACUUACUGGAGUUAUAACUAACAAUGGUUUUACUAGAACAACAUCAUAUGGUGAUGGUGGGCAACAAUGUUUCAUUGAUGCAACAAAAGUCUUAAAGUUGCUGUUCUUAGCUUUUGGCUCUUCUAAAUGUGUAUUAGAUAUUGUGAAGUGUGGUUUUCAAUUUGUUAUUGUAUCUGUCAAUGUUGUAGAGUUGAAUGCAAUAUCAGAUGCCAAGUCUCCUUUCCUAUUCUGUAAAUGCCAAUCACUCCACUUUACAACCCCAACUCCAAGGGAUCCCAUAACCAAAUUCUAA